CUCCCCCACAGGAAGCGCGUGUGGGGAGGCUCGGGGCCGGGGCCAGCACCCACACUGGGUCUCCACAGCGGCAUGGAGGCCUGUGAGUCUUCGCUGCUGGUGCUGGCCCUGGGGGCCCUGUUGGCAGUUCCUUUGAGACCCAGAUCAUCGGGGGCCGGGAGGUAAUCCCCCACUCUCGCCCGUACAUGGCCUCGCUGCAGAGACGCAGCUCCCACCUGUGUGGGGGGGUCCUGGUGCACCCAAAGUGGGUGCUGACAGCUGCCCACUGCCUGGUCGAGCGGACGGCCCAGCUGAGGCUAGUGCUGGGGCUUCAUGCCCUGAGCCACCCCGGUCUCACUUUCCACAUCAAGGCGGCCAUCCAGCACCCUCACUACAAGCCGGCCCCUGCCCUGGAGAACGACCUCGCGCUGCUUCAGCUGGACGGGAAAGUGAAGCCCAGCCGGACCAUCCGGCCCCUGGCCUUGCCCAGUAAGCACCAGGCAAUGUCCGCAGGGACUCGGUGCAGCAUGGCCGGCUGGGGGCUGACCCAGCAGGGCGGCCGCCUGUCCCGGGUGCUGCGGGAGCUGGACCUCCACGUGCUGGACACCCGCAUGUGUAACAACAGCCGUUUCUGGAACGGCAGCCUCUCCCCGCACACGGUCUGCCUGGCGGCCGACUCCAAGGACCAGGCUCCCUGCAAGGGUGACUCGGGUGGGCCCCUGGUGUGUGGCAAAGACCAGCUGUUGGCCGGAGUCCUGUCCUUCAGCUCCAGGGUCUGCACCAACGUCUUCAGGCCCCCUGUGGCCACCGCCGUGGCGCCUUACGUGUCUUGGAUCAGGAAGGUCACCGGCUGAUCCGGCCUGAUGUCCUGGGGUGACGGGGACUGCCUCGCUCUCUCCACAGGACCCUUCCCCUCCAGGGGUGCAGCGGGGUGGGUGAGGACAGGUGGGAGGGACAGGGAGGGACCAAUAAAUCAUGAUGAAGGAAUGCUCAGAGC